UCACAAGCUAACGAGUAGUUUCAUUUGUUUAUACUCGAAAAGUAGUGGUCGGUUGUCGGUAAAGUGUUGGAUGCGUACAGCCCUGCUUUUUGGCCGCUUCAAGAAAGUGAAAGUGAAAGUUAAAAGAACAACUACAAAUUAUGUAAAAAGCACAAUAUAACAGUUUGCAUGCACAAAUAAGUGAGUGUGAAAUUACGCGUGCUUCAAGGUUUUCCGUUGUAUGGAGGCUGCACCGGCAAUGCAGCUGCACCUAACGAAUUAAAAUCAACAACAAAAAGCGCCAAAGCGAAUCGGCGGCAACGCUUUAAAUUGAAAAUUGUCGGCGCCUUUUGCUAAGCGCCACUUACAUCGUAUGUUGAAACAAUCGAGCUCAAUCACUUGAAAACAACAUCAUUCGCCUUACACACCAAAGGAAUAGGUUGUCUAUUCAUUAAACGCUCGCCUUGCGGCUCUGCUUUGGCUGUGCGCCAUAAAAUCAACCCACAAAGGUGAAGGCACACACACACAUAUGCAUAUCUCUCUGCUGUGUGAGUGCAUACACUGAUGUGCGGAAGUCGGCGAACACAAAAGAAAAGAGUACUUAAUAUCUAUCAACAUGUUAACUGUUCACCGAUUAUAUAAUACACAUAAAUGCAAUACAAACCAUAUAAAAAUAUACCAAUAAUGCGCUGUGCGGCCACUGACUGCUUGCAGCGACUGUUCAAUUAAACACUGCAUUUGGUUAUCCGCAUUUAAUGUUGUUUUGUUAUAGUUCAGUGCAUGCAUUGCAUAUAUUUGAUUGAAAAACAACAACAACAAACUAUAAAUAAAUAAAAAGUGCAUUUUAUUGACUGCAAAGAAUAUUAAUUUUGUUGACCUUCACGAAACAAUAUUAUUUUAUUUAAUUUAAUUUAACGCUUGGCAACAUAUUAAACAGGAAAAAAAAAACAAUGUGAAGAAGCCAAGCUAAAAUAAAUAAUUGAAAUUUGUAAUGCAAAAAAAAAAACUAUCCGUCAAACUUUAAAAUGGUUUUCACGCGUUUCCCGUUAUUUCAAUCCAUUGAAACUUGAUUUAUCUCUGCCGUUAACUUUGCGGCUAUCAGACUGGAGGCCUCACUCACACUGAAGCGCAUUUUUGCCCGCAAAAUUGCCUAUAAAUCGAAAUCGAAAUCUACUCUAGCGGCCAUGCGAACUAAACAUUUAAUAUUGAUACUAAUCGGAGUGAUAAUCGCAACGCUCGUAUUUAUUGUGUUUGGACCCGCUGGCGAACCGAACGAUUCCUUCAAGCACAUUGUCGUGCAGACGCAUCAGCAGUUCAAAGAGUUUCAGAACUUACGCGUUGGCCUGGAACGCAAGAAACUCGAGCUAGAGCCAAAGUAUUUGGCGCUAUUGGGAUUCACGUCGCCGCUAAGCACAAAGGAUGAUGCCUCCCAGCAGCCGCAAUAUGCGGUCCACCAGCAACAGACAGACACGCCCGUCACGGCGAAAAGGGCGGCGCAGGAGAUCGGCGAGGCGCAGCAGCUGGCAGCGGUAGCGUCGCAUUCCCAGGGACAGGAGCUACUGAUCCAGCAGCAGAAGAAGAGUCAGCGGAAACGCAUUACGACGCCGUACAACGGCACCAAGGCCAACUUUACCAUAGUCACCUAUGUGCAGGAGGGACAGGUGUCGUCGGCCAUAUUGUUGGCCCAAAACAUUGCGGCCAAGCUGCCCAGCGAGUCGCUGCUCAUCUACGAUCUGGGCGUGUCCGAGGAGCAGCUGCGCUCCCUGAACGCCAACUGCAACAGCAGCCGAUGCGCUGUCAUCACCUACGAUCUGACGGAGUUUCCGUCGUUCGUCAACGAUCAGCGAACGCACGCAUAUCGGCCCAUUGUGAUAAAGGAUGCUUUGAUGAGGGCCAAAUCGGUGCUCUUUACCGAAAACUAUAUGCGCAUACGCGGCGGCAACUAUCGGGAGCUGCAGGAUCUGCAGAGUCGAGCCUUGGUCGCCGGCGUCUUGGGCUGGAAUACACCAACAGCCGUCUCAUCGCGCACACAUCCAAAGAUGUUCGACUAUUUUGAAUCGGACGCGGAGGAUUUUAUAUUUUUGCGUAUGGUUGAUCUCGAUGCGGUCUUCUUUGCGGACACACUCUUUGUCACGGACAAGAUAAUGCUGCCGUGGCUAAAAUGUGCCCUCACCAUGGAAUGCAUCGAUCCAAUUGGUGCCCAAUCGAAUGGCUGCAAGUUUAACAAGAAACCACUUUAUCGGUAUUCUGGCUGUCAUGGCUAUGAUGCGUCUGCUUUCAACAUUGUCCUGGGCCUGACAUGGCAUCUGGACGACUCGAAAUACUCGCUGCCGAGCGAUGCGAGGGACAACAUGUUCUACAAGGAGACGCUAGAGCAGGCGACCAAAAUAUUGGAGAGUCGCAGACGCAACAGCAGCGACACAUCGGAUCAUCCGUUCACGGAGGACUGAGUCUUUGAUAUACAUCUAACCGAUUCCUUAUUUGUAUAUACACACACACUCAGGAGCCGCUGGAUCAAACUGCAGAUAAUAGCCUUUAUUAUUUAGACAAAACAAACAUUACAUUUACACAUACUUACGGUCAUCAUAUCGAGAGAAGUUCGUUGUAUUUACAGUGAUUUCAGCAUAGAUUAGUUACAUACAUAGAUCAAAUUUAUACAUACAUAAUGCUAUACUCUGUAUAGGCAGAGGAGCAGCAGAGCAGCAGCAGCUUCUGUCCAGUAAAUACGCCUUAGUUACUUAUUUGUGUUAUACUGAAUAUUUGUUUUAUAAUGAUACUCUGCCUAACUUAAAUACGAUUAUUUAUGUAAAUAAUUAAAAGGAAUUACAUACGGUUUGUUGUGAUUGUAUUUGAUAGUUACACACAUAUUCAUACAUAAUCAAUACAAAUAACUAAAUAUAUAAUAACAUACAUAUUAAAUGUACUAUAAAAAACAAAAUGAGCCAAAAACGUUAGCUUAAUAAAGGACAAAGUACAACAAAAAUAAUGCACCCAGUGUCUGUUUUU